AUGGAAAGAUCUUGCUUCAAGGAAUUUAGAGUAGCUGACAUCUUGACCAUCGGAUUUAAGCUCCAUCCGUAUUUGACUUUGAAAGGUCUGAUCGAGAUGAAACGUCGUGGACUUAUUCGUGAUACUACUGGCUAUAUAUUAAACGGUGGGAUCACGUUUCUAACGGUUAGUUCUCGACUUAUGAAAGCCUUUAGGACUCAUGGAGUAAGGUUUUGGUUGAUGGAGAAGCAAGGUGGAGCUCAAGAGUAUGCAGUUAAAGCUCCUAUAUAUGUGUAUGUUAAGUAUGAUUAUGAGUAUGUAUGUAUGAUGAAUGUAAGAUUGGGGAGAAUCGAGCUAUGGGCCGUGGUCUCCCUAGUGAUGUGGACAGUGAUGGACCGACGGGUUAACAGCUGGUCAAGAACGGCUGACGAGCCCGGAAUGGGAGUGUCUGAGCCACGAGGGCCAGCCUCCACCUAUGAGGUUCUAGUCGUCACGAGGAUGACUGGACCUAACGAUGUGUAUGUUUACAUUAAUAUAAAUAAGAUGAUUGUUAUGAAUUUGUUAUUAGAAGUUAAAGCAUGUUAG